AUGAAUAUUGCAAUUAAAGGGCUUCGACUUGAAUUCGAAAAGGCGCGUACAGAACUCGACUUUAUUGAGGCUAAAGUUAUUUCGGAAUUUAUUCGAAAAUAUGAAAUUGAACAUCAUGCUCCAACAAACCCACAUAAGGCUUUAUCUAAAAUAAAAAAAUUAAAACAGGAUUUGGAGCUUUUGAGAAUUGAAAAUGAUCGAAUAAUGGUUGCGAAACAGGAAUUUAUUCACGAUAUGAAUGAAUUAAUAGAGGUAAAUAAAGAAAUGUAUGACAAAAUUUUACGUCAAGCUGGUUUGCAGUAUAAUUUAGAAACUGAGUUCGUUUUAAAUAAUUAUGAAAUUAUAGCAAAUUCUUGGAAAUUGGAUAUGGAUAAUUAUCAAAGAGGCAGAUAUAAUCUCAAGGAAGCUUCUAAUUCGAAUCAAACAAAUCUAAAUAUCUCCAAUAAUAAUAUAAUUUGUAAUUCAGUCAAACAACUAGAAGUUGAAGAUCGGGAAAUGCUAGUGAAGGAUCUGGACUUUCAUUUGAUUAAUACUUUAUCAUUGGACGAGCAACCUAGAAAAGAAGUACAAGAAGAAAAGACUUUUAUUGAUAAGGAGAAUCAUGAGCCUGCUGAAGAAACCAAAAAGACAGAAAUUGAGGAUCGCAAAAUUAGUAAAAAGUUCGUACCGAUUACAGAUAAAGAGUUUUAUUCUGUAUCUGAAUUGAUAAGGACAAGAAAAUUGACACUUGAAUCUGUGAACAAGGUUUAUCGUUGCAUCUGGGACCAUUUCAAAAAGAAUAAAAAGAGUCCUCCUUUGACCACUAUUCAAAUGGUGAAUAUGGGAUUAAAAAUCACUGGUGUAACAGGAGAAGCGAAUCUGAAAGUUUUAAGAUCAUUGAAAAUUAUCAAAAUGGAAAAAUCUGGCGUAAGUUUAAUAAGAUGA